CCUUGAUAGAAUAUAUUUUCCAACUUGAAUGCAAGUCUGUUUUUGUUGGUCAUUUUAAACCAUAAAUUCUUAUUCAAAACAACAUGGGAAAGAGAGACAAAAGAGUGGCGUAUGUAAAUCCUUUGGCAGCCAGGUCAUAUGCAGGGCCUUCAGGACCAACCAUCAGAGAUUACUUGAAUAGGCCAAGACCAACUUGGGAAGAAUUUCAAGAAACAUUAAACAAAAGCAAGUCUGGUUCAAGUACAUUAGCUGCAUAUGAAGAAGAACUCAAUCAGAAAUUUAAAGAAGAGCUAAGAAAAAACCGUGAUGCUAUAAAUAGCAAAACCAAGAAAUUGUCAAAACAGAAAAAGAAGGAUAAAAAAAGAAAGAAAAAGAAGAGAAAAAGGCUGCAUUCUUCCUCCUCUUCAUCUUCAUUGGAUACUGACAGUGAAAGAGAAAAGACAUACAAAAGAAAGAAAAAGAAAAGAAAAGAAUUGAAGAGCAAAAAGAGCAAAGACAGGAGUUCAUCAGAAGAGUUGUCUUCUUCCUCAUCAUCCACAAAAGAUGAUAGUAAAGAUAAACCAGAUGAAUAUGUAAAAAGAAAAAAAGAAAGAUCCAAGAAGCGCAAGAGAUCAAGGCAUAAGGAUACAAGAACAUCUGAUGAAGAUGAUGAAUCAUACGUGAAAAGAAAGAAACCAAAGAGAAAAAGAAAGGACAGUAGUGAUAGUGACACAGAAUAAAACAGUUUUAGUAUGACUGUGAAAAAACUCAUGGCACAAACACGGUAGUGACACGGCAAGGGAUACACCAGUCCAAUCAUAUUGCACAAGAAUUUACUCUCCAUCCAAUCAAAUACCUGGAACACAGCAUAAAACACAGCACGGACUAGGUCACCCCAAGGUCACAGCACUGUCAGACCAAUCACAUUGCGUGAGAGAAAAAAUCAGCCAAUUGAAAUUCUAGAAAACAUCAUGGUCAUGGCACAACACGCUUAUGGCACUGAGCUUUUCACAAUCAUGCAAAAACUGCACUAAAUACCUGUAUUAUAUAGAAUGCAGAAUUUCACCAAAUGAGUAUACUAGUAUUUGCAUCAAGCCACUAAAAUAAGAUGCAAUUAUUCUCCCACUGGCUGAACAAGUUUAGAUUUUGUUGCAGCAAAAAAUCAUUGCCAGAAGAAAUCACGAACAUUAAUAUCAGCAUGAAGCCUUUCCCUUCGUGCAAAAUUAUUGUUGUAACUUAAGAGCGCUGCUUCUGUUGCUGCAAGCCUAAUGCUUAACAUAAGUUUUGCAAAUAAAUUUCUCUCACUGGUGGUACAAAAAGAAAUCUAAAACUGAGUUGUUAAUUCAAGCAAAAACAUGCAAUGUCUAUCACAAGUCUUAAUUAUUCCUUUAACUUAAUUAAUACUGAAGUGAAUAAAAACCAUAGCUUUUA